GUGGUGCACCACGCCGACUGCCCCUACUCGUACUCGUACGCGUACUACGAGCCGGGCGCCGCGUCCACGCCGCGCCACGUCACGGACCGCCAGGCCAGGCACAUGUACGUGACGCGCUACGGCACCGAGGAGAACAUCUACGAGGAGAUCGGGGAGGUGUCCGCCAAGCGGCAGGCCGCCCUGGAGGAGGAGGUGCGCUCCGUGCAGAGCAGGCACCGCCGCGUGCUGGGCGAGCUCAACCUCACCGUCGAGGCCAUGCUCAUGCCGGCGCACGAGACCACGCCGUCGGCGGCGACGGCCGAGGUGCAGGUGCAACCCCGCGGCCCGACCCCGGCCGACGACGCGCCCCAGCACCAACAGUCGCGGCCUUAUGUGCCGCCUGCCCCCGACCUGCUGGAGGACCUACUGCGCAACGUGGGGCCCACCGACGAGCUGCUGUCCCCCGCGGGCUGCUCCCUCAGCAUGGUGGCCACGCCGGCCGCGCCGCAGUCGUCUCCGUCACAGGGCUCGCCGUCACAGACGCCGCUCGAGCAGCAGCACGACUCCGGCUUCUCGGGGUCCGGCGGGUCCUCGGCCGCCAGCCUGGGGGGCUCCCUGCGCCGACCACCGCCUCCACCGCCGCCAACGCCCUCGCCGUACCAGUCGCCGGCCGCCUCGCUUCGCUCGCUGGAUUUGGAACAAUAUUAG